UGUUUCGAUUUCGAUUGUUUUUCCUUCAUUUGAAAUAAAGGUUAUGUCAAAGAGAUCAAGGAAACACUCCCAGCAUUAGUAUUUCCUUCAGGCCAGGGUGCAGGCGCAAGGAGCCAGUUCAGACUUUUGCGUCAAGUUUAGUUCAUAGAAAAUACGAUCUUUAGUAGUACCAAACCCUUUUAGGCACGCAGAAUUUGGAAUACAAUGGGUAAAAUCCCUGACAGAUGGAGGGAUUACACGCCUUUCCACAAACUGCUGGAGGUUGGCGGUGAGCGUAUGAUUGCUGUGAAAACGCCACUCUGUGAGGUGUAUAAUAAAGGAACGCGCUUUGACAAUGGCGCGGAUGAAGAUCUUCUUGAGGAGCACGAACAGUUUACACCUGAAAUGCUUGUCACCCAGGUCAGGGAGAAACUGGGUGCGAACGUCACGUGCGUGAUUGAUCUCACCUUCACAAACCGCUACUACACAAAGAGUCAUUUACCAGACGGUGUAUACCACUACAAACUUAAAGUUCCUGGUCGGCAAACACCUGAUCGUCGAAUAUGUGGACUAUUUAACAAGCAGCUAAGGAAGUGCUUUUCCUACAAAGAUUCGUGUGUUGCUGUGCACUGCACACAUGGUGUGAAUCGCACUGGCUACCUUCUCAGCCAGUACCUUAUGAAGCAUCAUGGCAUGAAUGUAGACGAAGCUGUCUCUUCCGUGACUGAAAGUCGAGGCCAUGACAUUGAUCGUACGGAGUACGUCCAGGCUCUUCGUGAUAAUGCUGCAUUCUUGGUAACUGAUAACUAUCAGGACGAAGUUGAGGCGCCUGAUCAUGCACUGCAACAGAGCGGUGGCAGGCAUUACCCAGCCAGGCAGACUCAGCACUACAGUAGCGGCGGCUCGUACGCGGGAAGCGGACAUGCUGGUGGAUGGGCCAAGGGUGGCGGUAGAUACGAAGCUCCUGCCCCGGCUGCUGCUGUGCGACGUGAUGAGCGUUUCGCUAGCUCCUAUUCUGAUUCGUACACUUCUCGUGGUUACAGCCAAAGUAGGGGUUCCUCGUGGAAUCCCUCCGGAGGACUCCCGGCCACACGCUUUGCACCACAGACCACAGCACGGGCUGAAAGCUACUACCAACAACCGCACCAUCCUUACGGCGGCGACUCUAGUCGGCACAGCCCCGCAGCAACGUCUAAGCCACGCGCACAUCAUUCCAAGUCACGGCGAAGGGACGAGCAAGACAGCUACGGGCAAUCCCAGUAUUACUCCCGGCCUCGUCAAUCUCAUUCUCGCCAGCAGUUUGGCGAUGGCGACACACACUCGAAUAGUACCCAUCAAGCUGCAACAUAUGGUGUGUCUACCGGUAGUCAUAGCAGCAGCCGCCAUGGGUCCAGAGCUCAGCAGCAGCAGCAGCAGCAGUAUAGUGGACAAGGCGAUUGGCGUUCUAGUCGCAGCAGUAGCAGCAAACAUCACUCUAGGUCUAAUGGUUACUGAUAGUGUGCUCACCACCCUACUCUAACGUUAUAGUGCCACCGUUCCUUAGUUCAUUGUCACUCACCUGCCCCGUAUUAGUAGUUUCAUGAUCUGAUCUCCCUGGUGGAGUCACUUAUCAACAUACCUCCGAAAUUAGGCCUUGCUGAAGAAUCCUUUUUUCUGACCAAUUUUCUUUUGAAGUUUAUGGUGUCCUCUGAAAUAUGAAAUAUGUACAAAAAGGAAUGUGUCAUCAGUCUUGCUUUCUUCUCUGUAGCUUCUAGCGUGUUAUUAAUUUAUUUUAUGAAGCUUAUCUCCUACAUUAGGCGUGACCAAAAACGAAUGUGUAAAACGGAUGUGGGUCCUCCGCACUGAGCGUGCGUGCGCGCGCGCAUGUGUGUGUGUGUGUGUAUGUGUGUGUGUGUAGUGCAUAGGUGCUUUGACUGUCUUGCCACACUUACCGGUACCGACUGCUAUGCUGUUAUUUCUGCUAUGUCUGCUAUUUCUCCACCCUACAGUCAGUUUGAUGUUUUUAUAUGAAUUCUGCAGCUUAUGCCCCUGGAAGGAUUUUUUUUAAUGAA